AGGUCCCCUGCUCCCUUCUGCACGCUCCCAUCGUUCUCCGCCGCUCCCCGGGGGACCGGCCAGGAGGCGUAUAAAGGACCCGCGGAGGAUGUCAGGAGCCAACAGGUGUAACUGGACCUUCCUCCUCCACAGCAGCGCCCUCUCCGAGCCGACACCAUGGACACAGCUGCAGCGGCGACUCUUCUGGCUCUGCUCGUGGCGACGGCUGGCGCGAGUCAGGCGCUGCGCGUCCAAGGCGGCGUGGACAAGAACGACGCGCAGCCAGGCAGCUCAGAGGAGAACAUGGCCGAUCGCCUGCUGGAGCUGGAGAGCGAAUACGCCGAUAACAGCAUUGACGACCAUCUGCUGACCUCACUGAUCAGAGCGCUGCUGCUUGGAUCUCAGAGGGAAACCAGGAACUCAGUGCUUCAUCAGCCACAGAGGUUUGGCCGCGGUUCCAGAGGGCAGGCAGUGCCAGAGGAUCAGCUACAAACCCGUGACUGGGAGGCUGCGCCUGGUCAGAUCUGGAGCAUGGCGGUGCCCCAGAGGUUCGGCAGGAAGUAAAGUGGCAGGCGGACGCGGACAUCAGUGUCCGGGUUCGAGGCCAGACAGCAAGCCAGCGUCAGAGACUUUGACCCGUGCCUGUGGUGUUAUGGUUUUACGUGGAUCAUCUGUUAAUGAGGAUGAACGCAGCUUUGUUCUGUUCUGGUUCUGUGAUCAAAUAAAACGUUUUAACUUCAAAAGGUCAAUUAAAUGAAUUUGUUCCAAUUCCA